AAAGGCCUCCAAAACAAAAAGAACAGAGUUUGAAUACGAUGUCUUGGCUCAGAACGAAAAGAGACUGCGCUACUAUACUGGAUUCGCAUCACGCCUGCAUUUGGAGGCAUUUUGGUCGCUGUUAGAAGACGACGUGAACAGCCUGCAAUUUUGGAAUAUGAAAGGAACUGCAAAUGAAGACAGAAAGUUUCUGCUGCCGCUCAAGACACAGUUAAUAAUUGUGCUUAUGAGGCUUCGGCUGGGACUUGACGGAGCUGACCUUGCAUUCAGGUUUGAUGUGUCGGAGAGCACGGUGUCCCGCCUAUGGGUAACCUGGCUUGACUUCCUACACAACAAGCUACGCCAGGUGCCCACAUGGAUGCCACCAGAUCUGUGUGACAAGUAUCGCCCACAAGCCUUCCUUUCCAAGGGAUUCAACACCGUGGACGGUAUCCUCGACUGCACAGAGAUCUUCAUUGAAACGCCGUCAUCUUUUCGCGUUCAAAGUGAGACGUAUUCGUUGUACAAGAAGCACAAUACCGCCAAGGGACUGAUUGUUGCAGCCCCAACGGAUUUGUGA